CGAUUCUCAUUGGCCAACACACUUACCUUUUCUGCUAUUUGAAACACCUGAACAUGCCAAACGUGUCACGCUCUUAUUGGAGGGAGCAACGUACACCAAUCAAUGAACAACGAUUGGUUUCUUAUUGUAAACCGGGGCAACCCAAAGGAUAAGAUCGCAAUAAAGUGGAAUUGAGGAGGACAAUCUCGUCUCACCGGCACAAAUUUAUCCAAGUCGUCUACGAGUCUAAUAUACCACCGAUAAACAAAAACAAAAACAAAAACAAAAUCAAAAACCGAAAAAGAGCCUCCAACAUAACACACACCUGUUGCUUUUUCCUCAACGCCGCUUCAUUCUCUUUCCACAUUUAUCCCCCAUCGUGUUCAUCUAUUUCUUUUGUUGGUCUCUCGUAAUUUUACUCGAUUUCGAUCUUAGCAUUUGAACCUCAUUCCCUCUUAUCGUUGAUAUCUUCUCUCUGGCGAUACUAUCCGUCCGGCUAGGGUUUCUACUGCUCUUGCUCUUCACCCUCAUAACCAUCGCACAUUCAUUCUAGUUAGAGUUCAUCGAGUACCGAGUUACUUGUCCAAAAUUACCAAUCAGGGUUAAGUAUCAGAUUGGGCUACCUUCUUGGUAUUCAGAUUUUUUAAGUAGCGUUUUGAUUUAUAAUUUUAGUUCCCGCUUUUGCUUGGUGGUUGGGAUUAGGGUUUUCAAUAUCGAUUCGAGUGUUUAAUACACUCUUGAGAUUCGCAAUUAGGGUUUUGAGUAUUUGUCAGUGAUGCCGCGAAGUUCACGCCACAAAUCGAGCAAACAUAGUUCGAGAGAUGCAAGGGAUUACUCAGAUUCUGAGAAGGACUCAUGCUCCAAGGACAGAAAGAGCAAAGAGGAGAGUACUGUUAGGGUUUCUAAGGACUCUGGCUCUGGUGAGAAGCGAAAGCUUGAUUCCAGGGACAAUAAAGACUCAUUUGGCUCUGGAAACGGGGAGUACUUAGAGGAAUAUUCGUCAUCAAAGCGGUUUAAAGAGAGAGCUGAGGACGGUGUGAAUGAUAGGUGGAAUGGCGGAGACGAUGAUAAAGGGGAGGUGACGAAGAAGUUGAAGGAGAAGUCGGGUGAAUCCAGGAGUAAGAGGAGAGAUGAGAGUGCUGGAGCAUAUGGUGAGAGUGAGGAAGUGGUUAAAAAGAGUAGUGGAAAGAGUGACGGAAAGCAUAGGGAAUCGAGUAGUCGAAAGGAGGGGAGAGAGGGUGGAACUGAGAGGGACAGGGAUAGAGAGAGGGAAAGGGAAAAGGAGAGAGAUAGGAGGGGUAAGGAAGGGAAGAGUGAUAAAUUGGUUGAUGGCGAAGACCUGCGAGCAGUGAAGCAAGUAUCUGAAAAAACUGAGUUGAAGGCACGUGAUCUAUUGCAAAGUAAUGAAUUGGAAAGCCUUCCUGAUAAACGAAUUAGGAGAAAACAAGAUGGUUCUGGUGAUGGGGAUAAGCAUCAGGAUGAUAUUGAAGACAUCAAUGAUAGACGAUUUUCCUCGAGGGAGGAUGGUAGGCCAAAGGAUGAGAAGCAUAAGGACGAGAGAUAUAGAGACAAGUACCGUGAAGACAAGUAUAGAGACGAGCGUGCUCUAAAAGAUCACAUUAACAGCAGGUCUGAUGAUAAAAACUUGAGGGAUGAUAAAGAUACCAUAGAUAUUAAACCGAAGAAAUAUAAGCUUCAAGAUGGUGAUCGAGAGCAUGAUCAUGAUCGUGAUUUUGAUCUUGGCUGGGACCAUGAUCAAGAUGUUGAUGGUGAAAGUCAUCAUCGUGAUUGGGACCGGGACCGGGAUAGAGAUCGGGAUCGUGAUCAUGACCGUGAUCGUGAUUGGGAUCGGGAUAGAGACCGUGAACGAGAACGGGACCACGAGCGUGACCGUGACCGACAUCUUGACUAUGAUGAUCGAAGUGCUAUUAGAUACAAAGAUAGCAGGGGAAGGAAGAUAUCUCCUGAUGAUCAUGAAGAUUAUAAUGACGCUAAAUCUAGAGGUGUCAAAACACUUUAUCUUGACAUGGAAAAGAAAUCUUCAAGCAGCAGUAGAGUUGAGUCUGAUGCUGACAGAGGAAGGUCUCAAUCACGUCAAGCUCACCCAGACAAUAAUACCAGCAGCAAUAGGAAGAGGGCUUCCCCCAACACAAGUUCUCAUGGAGCUGCAGAUGAGUACAGGCAAUUUAAACCGGAAGAACUAAAGCACAGGGAUGCUGUGGUAGAACAGAGGUCUAAAUCAAUCUCUUCAAGAGAGGCUAAUAAUUUGCCAGGGGCAUCAGAUAGAGCUUCCAAAUACAGAUCUGCUGAGAAGCCUACCAAAGUGGAUGAUGGCCACAUUGGGGAAUUGUCUUUGGACAGAUCUUCAAGAUCUAAAGCUUCACCCAUGGGCCUGGUGGAUAGAUCUCCUACGUCAUCAAGUGUGGAGUGUAGAUCCAUGAAUAGGUCUGGUGUUAGACGGAGUGUUGACAUCGAAGAAUCAGGGAGGAGGAGUAGUGUUUCCAUGGGUGCAAGAGAUUUGCCUUAUGCUGAUGACAGGUCAAAUCGGGAUUUACCUUCGGAGAAGUCUCUAGCUGAUGAGUCAACUUCAGUUGAUUCAUCCUUUUACAAUAGACAUAGUCAAAGCAACUCUGCUUUGAUUCCUCCAUCUGCUUUCCGAGGUGGAGUUGGCAGCCCUUCUUUUCUUGGUUCACUGGACGAAGAUGGUAGAAUUAAAAGUGGUGCCCGCUACAAGAGGAGUGCUGAUCCCAAUAUGGGAAGAGGGCAAGGGAAUGCUUGGAGGGGUGCUCCAAACUGGUCUUCAUCUGUGCCAAAUGGCUACAUUCCUUUCCAACAUGGGCCACCUCAUGGAGGUUUUCAAGCCAUGAUGCCACAGUUUCCAUCUCCUCCUGUGUUUGGAGUUAGACCCUCAAUGGACAUCAGCCACUCUGGGAUUCCUUAUCAUAUUCCUGACGCUGAGAGGUUUUCCAGUCAUCUGCGCCCCCUUGGAUGGCAGAACAUGAUGGAAGGGUCAGGGCCUUCUCACAUGCAUGGAUGGGAUGGAAGUAAUGGUGUAUUUAGGGAUGAAUCACACAUGUAUGGGGGACCAGAAUGGGACCAGAGCAGACAUCCAAUGAAUGGUCGAGGGUGGGAAAACAGUGCAGACAUUUGGAAAGUGCAAAAUGGUGAUAUGAAUAUGGAUUUGCCAUCAACAUCCCUGAAAGUGGAUUUUCCGGUGCAGGCCCCUAUGGAAGAUGUUCUAGCUGGCCAGGAAGGUCAAAAGUCACAAAAUGAAAGUAGUUAUCAUGUUCAGGGAAAAAUUGUUGAAACAAAGAUAGCUGUCGCUCCAUCCACAAAAGAAUCUUCUAAAUCUUCACCUGAAACUACCUAUGAGCAGAAACCAGAUCAUCCUAAAUUGUCAAGUGAUGAUAAUGUUGCUCAUUUUUACUGUGCUUAUCUUUCCAAGCUGGACAUUUCAACUGAACUUACUGAUCCAGAGCUGCACAAUCAGUAUAUGAAUUUAUUUAAUAUAGAACAGAGUGCUACUUCUGAUGAAGACACUGCCUUCCUUGUAAAUUUGAAGGAUGGUGCAAGAGCAGUACCAAAAAGUUCUGAUACCUUGUUGAGCUCCUUACAUUUUCCUGCUACAAGUGAUACUGUUUUUCAGAGAGCAAUGGACAUUUACAAGAGGCAGAGAGUAGGUUGGAGCUUGCCAAGGGCCAACAGUGGAACAAUAGAUGUUAGAGUGCCUGUUAAUGAUGUGAUAGCAGGAGAGGCGAUUUUAGAUCACAAUGCAGAAAUGUCUGAUGCGCAGAUGUUGAAUGUGGAUGAGGAGAAAGUGGAAGUUCAUGCUUCAAUUGCUACUGAGGAAGAGAAUUCAGAAGUGGCUUGUAGCCUUGAGGUGGAUGUUCAUGCUCAUACCUCUAACCUGAAGUUUGCAUUGGCCAGUCAAGCUGCUAGUCAUGAUAUCCCAGAAAAGCCCACGAUGAUUUUCAAUGGUGAUAAGGUAGAUGGGAAGUCAAAUGAGAUAGUGAAUUCAGAAGAUAAACAGAUGGAAGGUUGUAAUAAUACUUUCGAUUGUGCUGAAGAAGGGCAGGGGGUUGGUGAUGCUAUAUGUGGUCCUGUAAUUUUUUCGGAUGGUUCCCCCAAGGCAUUUGGGGCUUUGAUGCCUAGGUCAAAUGAGUCCGAGUCGGUAAUUUUAAGUCGGAUACAUCAUUCUCUUGAAAGUACACAUUGAGACAAUUCCUAUAUACAUGUUCUUUAAUGCGUUUUUGGUUUA